GGCAGAAAUCUAGCUAGGAGCCGUUACUUAAGCGACUGGUGUAUAGGUGACACUAAUGCAACGACGUCAACUGUCAGUCAAUAGAAAACGUCAAUGAAACUGUCAAGAGAGUUUUUUGUUGUUGACCAGUUGUUGACUGAAAAAGCAUUAAGAAUAAAGUUUGUAUUUUAUCGUCUCUUGAAGAUUACGAAGGGAAGGCAAGUUUUGUUGAUCACAAAUAAAGUAGUCAUGUCCGAGAAGCCGAAAUUAGAUCUCGGAGUAUUGGAGGAGGAUGAUGAAUUUGAAGAAUUUCCGGUUGAAGAUUGGACUGGAAAGGAGAAAGAUGACCAAGAUAUAAGCGUUUGGGAAGAUAACUGGGAAGACGAUAACGUAGAGGAUGACUUUAAUAAGCAGUUGAGAGCCCAGUUGGAAAAACGCAGCUAAAGAGGCGGGAGAAUUAAUUAUUCCUAAAUGUGAUACUUAAAUAAAAUGUGUCAGUAAAACCUUGCUUUGUUUACAUUAAUAUUGUUCAAUUUAUAUUUUGAUUUCACUCAGUAUUUGCUAGAAAUUCAUAGUACAUUUACGCUACAUGAAAAUAAAGGUUUGAAAAUGUAAAACUAUUGUUCUACAUGUAUGACCAUAAUACUUAUUAGAUAUGUUUAAAGUGUAUAUGUGUGAAGAAAAGAAAAAUAGUAUGUAUAAUCAAUAUCAUUUAUUCUAAGAAAGAAAAGAAUAAUGAUUACAUAUAAUCUGAAUCAAACCUCUCAGACUCGGUGCGAGCUCCAACAGCACAAGACAAUAAUGCUUGAAUACUUCUUUCUUCUCCACUUCCGUAAAUAUACC